CAGUAAGGGAGAGAGAGAGAGAGAGAGAGAGUGUGUCUCUUCGUCUCUAGGCGAAGUCUAGAGAGAGAAAAUCAAGCCAGAGAAGAAAAGCUUUAUCCACCAUUACUUUUGAAUUCUUCUCUUUCUCUCUCUCUCUCUUUUCGCUAAAGAGAUUCUCUCUCUAGAAAUACAGAGGAGAGUGAAGCAGAGAAUUUAUGUCGUUCGGGUUUGAUUCGUUGACUGGAGCUCCGAAGCAGCUCUGGGUUUCUUCAUAUAAUCGCUCUCUGGUCUCCAACUUUUGCAUGCAAUCCUCGUCUGAUUGUCAGACCCAUAAACAAACUCUCUCGGCUUUUUCCAUGAAAUUAAAAUCAAAAAGGGCUUGUUCUGGUAUAAUCUGCUUUGGAGAUCAUUUAAGGAAACAAUACUCGUUUUCAGUUUUGGGACUCAGGUGUUUUAGGAUUUUGGGUUUAUCUUGAUACUGUCGGAGACAAUUCAUUUUCUUUUUUCUUUUUCUUUUUCUUUUUUCCUUAUAAUUUAUUCUUUUGAAUAUUUUCCUUUUGGGGUUUAGGGGUUUUGACUCUUAAAAAAUGCCAGGCAUUAAAAACGAGUUUUUGAAUCAAGUCAUGAACGGUAAUAUCAAAGGGAAGACGAAGAAACUAAUCAAAGAAACCGAGCGUUCAAAUUCCAUGAAGAGAAUUCGCAUUAUUUGCCAUGAUCCUUAUGCCACCGAUUCUUCAAGCGACGAAGAUGAAGAAAAUGAGAUCAAUAGGCAUGGAUUUCGCAAAUCCAAGCGCUUUAUUUCGGAGAUUUUCAUUGCGGGUUCACCACGAAAAUCGUGUUCAGCGAGUGUUUACCGUCAAAAACCCGAUAAGGUGAACAAUUCUAUGAGUUCAAAGGUCGACAGGAGCAAGAAAAUUCGAAGAUCACCUUCCUCAAUGUACAAGGGAGUUAGGCGCAGGAAGUGGGGGAAAUUCGCUGCCGAAAUUCGCGAUCCGAUUCGAGGAGGUCGGUUGUGGCUCGGAACUUACAAUACCGCUGAGGAGGCUGCUGGUGCUUAUCAGAAGAAGAAGCGCGAAUUUGAGGCGCUACAGUUGCUGGAGAAGACAAAGGGUGGAUCUGAAAUUUUGUCAUUUGGAGAAAGUAGAGCUAAAAGUGAGUGUGAAAGUCUGAAUUUAUCAGAAACGAGCAAAGACGAUACGAAAAGUUUGUUUUCACAUCCGUCGCCAUCGUCUGUUCUCGAUAUGUCCAGUGCAGCAUCAAAUGGUUGUGUUGAACUGAUUGAAAAUCUAAAGAAAGAAGAAUGCAGCACAGGAAAUGCAAGGGAGUCGGAUUACGAAGAGGAGCGGGUUUUGGACUUGUUGGAAGAGCCGAUAGUUUCGCCACUGGCAAAUGAGGAGUUUGAGCUAGGAUUUGAGGAGAAUUCUCUAUUUGGGACUGAUUUUGUUGACCAUUUGUUCGAUGAUCAAGAUCUUAUUAGUGAUGAUUAUGCUUUGUGCGGCGGGUACAAAAAUGGCGAGGCCGGGAGUCUUCUUCCUCUUCCCCCGAUCGACUUCGAUUUCGGUAAUCAGGGUCUUGCUUGGCUUGAUGAGACCUUGAACAUGGCUUUCCCAUGAAGUUUUGUAGCUUAGGAGUCUAUAAUACUUAAUAGUUGUUAUGUUUAGUGUUUUUUUUGAGGGAGGAGAAAAGAAUAAGAACUCCAAAACAAUUUUGAAGAGGCUUGUUUGUGGUCUUUGUUAGGAGAAGAAGAGAGUUUCUUGGGUUUUUCUGUGUGCUUUUCGGAGCCGUCCAAGAUUUUGCUAGCUCUCUUGUAGAGUGGUGCUUCAGAUUUGAGUGAGGGUAUUUGGACCUUUUGUUAAUUCGGCCAUCUAUAGAAGAGUAUCAUUUUGUUUGUUGUUGAGAA